AUGAAUAUUACAUUGAAGAUAUUUAAGAGUAAAGAAGAUGGAGAUUGGUGGUUACACUUUGGACAUGAUAUCAAUAAUCUUAGCCCAGUAGGGUAUUGGCCAAAAAGUCUUCUCAAUGGCAUGCAAGACCAUGCCGACGAUAUAGAAUGGGUAGGAAGUACUUUUUCCUACUCCGGGGAGAUUAGUCCACCAAUGGGCAACGGGAAUUGGCCAAGAAGCAAUUCAGCAGCAUCUUUUCGCAAUGUUCAGUAUAUUGAUAGGAAUGGUAAAGGCUAUGAUCCUCCUAUGGGUAGUCUUCAUGCUUUUGAGAGCAACAAACAAUGCUAUCGGACUGGUGUAUUUCAGCUUCAGGUCCAAGGCAACAUGUUCUACUAUGGGGGGCCAGGUGGUUGCACUGGUUAA